AUGUUUUAUCAACACCAACAGCAAAAUCCUCAACCAACAACAUUGGAAGCUAAUGCUUAUCCAUCGCAAUAUUGUCAAAAUCAACAACCUGAAUCACAAUUAAACCAACAACCAAUAGGACCAACAGAAAUAGUGUUCCCUCAAUUACUGCCACAGGCAUCAAAUUUUGAUUCAGACAUAUUACAGCAGCAGUCUUGUUCUGCUUCGAAUCAAAUUGUUCAAUUGGAAACCGAAAAAAAUAGUUGUGACCAAGAAUUAACAGGAUUAACCGGGCGUCGGAAUUCUACUAAUGCUACAGAGUCUACUAUUGGAGAGUCGGCUAGCAUAAAUGACAAUAUUCUACCUGCUGAGCAAUCAAUAUGGGUUAUGAGGGAGUCCUAUCUGAAAAGGCGCGAACGUGAUGAACAAAAGCGGCUUGAACCUGAUUUUUCUGAACAAUCGGUACCGAUUUGUUUAACAGAAACUGAAGAUGCAGUAAAAAGCGUACAAUAUGAUGACGAUGAAACUGAUAGGCUUUUAGCUACGGAAUCAACCCAAGAAUGCAAAAAUAAACAUGAUGUUGGAACAAGUGGCGAAGAAGCAACCGAUAAUUCUAAUGGAUUAGCAAGUCGGAAGGGCAGCAAAAAAGAAGGUAUAACAUACUUAACCUAA